AUGUCUACACCGGAUACACCUACAAUAUCCGAAGAUAUGCCGAAACAACUAACUUCAUUUGUUGUCGAUGAUUUGGAGAAGAAGAUCAGGGAAAGUGCGAGACUUUCAAGUAGUCCGAAGAAAAAGCAAGACAAUGGGUUGCCAGAUCCCAAGGUUUGGUUUUUUUAAUAUGAGUUAUGACGUGGAAUUCUCUGGGAACCAUGCCGUGGUUGAUAUUCCCCACAAUAAAAUGUUGCAGAUUCUGCAAGAUAUCGAACAACAUACCAAAGAUAUCGUAGGAAGUGUUGAUAUGAUGUUGCGAGAUAUGCGAGGUUCCCUACGUGGAAUGUCUGAUCUCACACUCGAAUCUCUUCAAUGCUAUAAUUCAGCAGUUGAAAGAGCGUGCGAUUCAGCUGACGCCAACACAAAAUCCACGUAUGCGAUGCUCGCAAAAGUUGAAGAAGUGAAUCAAUCGAUGGGAAAUGUUGGGAAACUUGCGACUCAAAUGUAAUUGAAGUUAUGAAACUUACCUCAACUUAUUUAUUUUUUUUGCAGAAAAGAAAUGCGACGAUUGGUAGAACUGUUUGAGCAACUAUUUCAUGGAUCUCUCAAAUAA